GUGACCUUCUGGAAGGACCAAUCAACUUCCGAGCUGAGAGGAAACGGACCAAUCAGCAUCCAGCAUGACGUUGCGUACGUUUGCGCGCCAUUGACUCUCCUCAGGUUCAUGAAGACGGACAAGAAAAUCAUCAUAAACUGAUCGAUUAUUAUUAUCAGCUGCUUGGUUUUACCACUGAAAAAGUGUUAACAACCAGCUAACCUGCAGUUCAACACCAGUUUUAUAAUCCGCGGUCUCUUUCACUGAAAAUGGCAGAUGGAGACUCCUUUCUGGACAGUCCGGAGGAGUUGGAUAACUUCUCAGAUUCUGGCAGUGACUACGAGGCCACGCUGACAGCCACAAAGCGGAAAAAACAGGCAGUGAAUGAACCUCAGCCACCCAAGAGAACCAGGCGUAAAGCUGCAUUGAGGGGGUCCAGUUCCAGUAGCAGCCCCAUCCCCACGCCUCCAGACCCCUCCCCGCCGCAGCAGCAGCACUCCCGGGGGACAACCAGGCAGGCCUCUCCUAGACCUGUACCGAGAGUGGACGAGGGGACCCAGGACAUUAGUGCUGAGGAUAUAUAUGAUGCUGUCCGCUCUGGAAAGAGUGCCAUGGUGACGGUGGUGGACGAGUGGCUGGACAGCUACAAGCGAAGCCGAGAGGCGGGGCUGCUGGUGCUCAUCAACUUCAUUGUUCAGUCCUGCGGAUGCAAAGGUGUGGUUAGCAGAGAGAUGUUGGACAGCAUGCAGAAUGCUGAGAUCAUCAGCCGACUAACCAAAGAGUUCAAUGAGGAUUCAGUGAACUACCCUCUGUGCACGCCAGGCCCCCAGCUGAGGCGUUUCAAAGCCGGCCUGUGCGAGUUUGUUCGGGUCCUCUCGAGGUCCUGUCAGAAUAGCCUCAUUUUUGAUGAGUACCUCUUCCCCUCCCUGCUGAACCUGCUCACGGGCCUGUCUGACUCCCAGGUCAGAGCCUUCAGACACACCAGUACCCUGAUUGCCAUGAAGUUGAUGACUGGGCUGGUGGAAGUAGCUGUGAUAGUGUCUGUUCAGCUGAAGACCACCCAGCGGCAAUACGACUCUGGCAGACUGGAGGAGCUGAAGGCCACCAUCAGUGAGCUGCAGGAGAACAGAGGGGAGUUAUCCUCCAUGAUGAACGCCACUUUCCGUGGUGUGUUUGUGCACCGUUACCGAGACCGGCUGCCUGAGAUUCGGGCUGCGUGUAUUGAGGAGUUGGGCGUUUGGCUGAAAACAAACCCUGAAGACUUCCUGAAUGAUGGAUGUCUUAAAUACCUGGGGUGGACCCUGCAUGACAAGCAAAGUCCAGUGCGUCUGCAGUGUGUGCGUGCCCUGCAGGGUCUGUACCAGGAGAAAGAAUUCAUUGGCCGCCUGGAGCUUUUCACCAGCAGAUUUAAAGAGAGGUUGCUCUCCAUGGCGCUGGACACGGUGCCAGGGGUGGCAGUGGAAGUGGUCAAUCUGUUGCUGCUGAUCCAACAGAGGACAGAGGAAAGUCUGAGAGAAGAGGAGUGCAGCCACAUUUAUCCCCUGGUUUACGCUUCAAACAGAGGCCUGGCGUCUGUAGCCGGCAUCUUCCUCUUCAACAAGCUGAAAAGUGUGAUUGCCAGUGACAAAGGGGAGAAUGAUGACAGUGAAAAUGCAUCCUUCUUUCACCUCCUCAUCUCCUUCUACAUCCAGAGUGAGUUUCAUGAGCACGGGGCGUACCUGAUGGACAGUCUGUGGGAUGUGGCAAGAUCUGAGCUGAGAGACUGGGAGACUAUGACGGCAUUCCUGCUACAGGGGGCUGGUCUGAUGGAUGAGGAGGAGGGGGCGCUCAUAGAGCUGAUGAUGUGUGCCAUGAGACAGGCAGCACAGGCAACCCCACCUGUUGGGAGAACUCAGGGCAAGAAGAUCCUGAGCAUGAAGGAAAGAAAAGUCCAAGAAGAAGAUAGGAGACGUAUCACCACACACUUCAUCCCAUUACUGCCACAGCUGCUGGCCAAGUACUCAGCAGAUGCAGGGAAGGUGAGCCUCCUUCUCAGAGCUCCUCUCUACUUUUCCCUCAAGAUGUACACCAGCAGUCCGCGGCUGGAUAAGCAUCUGGACCUGCUGCUGUCUCAGGUGUGUGGUAUCGUGGAGAAGCACACAGAGGUCACCGUUCUUGAGGCUUGCGCCGUCCUGGCCAGCACCCUUUGCGCCAACUGCUACACCUUCUCUUCCCGCGCACACCUGGCAUUCAGCCAGCUGCUGGACGGCCUGACCGAGUGCUUCAGCGCCUACUUGAGUGACCUGGUGCAGGGUACUGCAGAUGACGACGACGUAUACAGUGCAGCCACUGCUUUGAAAAGGAUUGCAGCCCUGAGCAGUGCCAAGGACCCGACCGGCUGGAAGCUGUUCGACUCUUGUCUUGAGCUUCUGAAGAGCCGGAUGGAGUCCAGAGAGCUCGACAAGGAGCUCAUGGUAUCGGCUCUGAAGUGUGCUGCCUUUUACCUGAUGUGGGCUAAAGUGAAUGCAGUCAACUCUACACCAGCUGAGGGGGAACUGAUGCGUCUGAAGAGGGAGGUGCGAUCGUUCUGCAGAGUUUGUGAGAUGUGUCUAUCUCUGAACCAGACCGAGAUCAGAGAUCAGGCAUUUGAGCUGUUGUGCGACUUGCUGCUCUUGUACAGUCUGAGUUCAGUCAGCUCCGAACCCGCCCUCCAAACGUUGGUCCACCUGCCGUCUGAUUCCCUGCGCUCUGAGAUGGCUGCUUUCCUCCUGGACUACAUCUUCUCUGACACUGAAGAUGCUGAGCUAGAAGUUGAGGGUGAGGAGGAGAUGAAGAUAACUCUUCUCCAGAGGAAGCGCAAGCAGCUGAGUGGCUACAGUAAGCUGGUCAUCUAUGGGGUGCUGGAUCUCAGCGCCGCCACUAACGUCUUCAAGCACUACAACAAGUACUUUAAAGACUUUGGCGACAUCAUUAAAGAGACUAUAAGCAAGAGCAAGCUCAUCAGCCCCGUACAGAGCGCCAAGACUGUCUGUCUGACUCUGCAGCAGCUGUUCUCAGAGAUGCUUACGGAGGACCACAGCAGGCAGGAUCUCAAUGAGAUCAGAGACUUGGCCAAGAGGCUUGCCAUGAGCUUUGGCAUCGAUCUUAACCGGGUCCGCAAACCACUGGUGGCCCUGCACAUGGACGGUGUACGUUUUGCAUUUCGGGACUCACUGGAAGGAGAAGAGCAGCCCACAAAUGUGGCCUUCUUGGAGAUCCUCAGCGAGUUCAGUUUCAAGCUGCUGCGACAGGACCGCGCCAAGCUGGCUGGGUUUCUGAAGUCAGAGUGUCCCAGUGCUGCCCUCUCCUGUCCGUCAGUCAGACUGUACCAGCGUUCCUUGGAGGCCCGCUCAGCUGCUAAAGCCAGACAACGGGAGGAAGGAGGUUAUGACGUCUCCUCACCUGACACCCCUGUAGCUAAACGCAAGAAGAUCACUGCUCAGGGUUCAGUGGCCAGCACAGUCAGAGAAUCCUGGUUUGACAGCUUAAGCAGCAUACCCACGCCAGCCCUCACCUCCACUGUCCAGAGACUGACAGCCAGGCCGCUGGCCUCCAAAGCCACGGAGUCUGGUAUCGGCAGCGGCUUAACUGAGCAGGAGUCUGAGGAUGAGUUCUCCUUAGGGUCCUCCAUGCGAAAGGUGAAGCCCACCAGACGACGCCAGAGCGGUCCCACUUUGGAUCAGCCGGAGCCGGACCUCAACUCCCACCUCAACUUACUCUCUCUGACUGAGGACGACAAUCCAGAAAGAGAAGAGGAUCCUGAGAUUGAUGAUUACGAGAGUGACUCUGGAGAUGAAUCUCCAUAUACACUGCCUUCCACACGUCACGCCUCCGCCAGCGUCCUUGAUGAGCUCUUUGAGUGAGGGCUCAGAGACCUGGACCGCCUGAGGAACAACAGUUCUUUCUCCUCAACACUACUGUGUUUUCAGUGGUUUCAGUACAUUUGAGUGCGUACUAAAUAUAAGGGCCAUCUGUUUUUCUACAUGACCUCUUACUGAGUUCACCUAUCAGAUCUAUUUCAGUCAUUCAUUUUGUUGGAGGGGAAGAGAAAGGCAAAAAUGAUAAUGAAGUUUGGGGACAAAAGUUGUUGCCAUUCACUAUUACGAAUGUUUGUGUUAAACACAAAAUGUUCAAAAGAAAUGUGCGGAAGUUCAGUUAGAUCCCUGAAGGCUGGCAGCAAGCUGAAAGUCUCUCCUCCUGUGUUCCACAUUUUUAACUUAAGUUUCAUGAUAUGAUAAUUUCUUUCAAUGCAGUUGACGGCACCUUUUUUUGUGUAACACUUGUUAAUUAAAAGAUGCUUAAUUGAGCAAAGUAACA